AUGAUACGUUACGAACAAGUAGCGGGGAAUGAAGAAAACAAAGUGUGUAUAAUUAGAAAGUGUCGUUUUAGACCAUAGAUUAGAUGGUGUACCCUUGUAUAAAACACGUAUACAUUUUAACUAUUCCAGAAAAGACGCUAGAGGUUAGCUCUAAGUAAAAAAAAAAACAACACAAAACACUUCAAGUAAAGCAAGAGACUGAAAAGUUUGCGGUAAGAGUUAAGAAGUAUCUUUUUCAACGCACUUAUUCUUUACCCCGUCGUGAUCUGAUCAAAUAAUCUGCCCAAGAGAUCACUUGCGUGCCACUGAUCAAAAAGACAUAAAUGUGAAUCACUGCUUAAUGAGUUCUAACUGUACUUACUAUAGUAGUCAGUAUGCAGUUUUACUCAUAACAUGUUUUUGAUGGAAUUUAUCUAUUUUUUCCUUUUUGGAAAUCUCGAUAAAUUGUUGAUGCUGCAGCUGCAGUGACAAUGUUAUGUGCAUCAACUCUUGUGUUGCAGGCAAUCCAUAAAAUUGAAACAAAGUCUUUUGUUUCAAUUUUAUAGUCUUUCGAUGGAGUGUCUCACCCCUUUUCAGUGCGGUUAUAGCAUAUUUGUGAAUACAGGGAGUCAAGAGACUAUCAACUUGAUAUCCUCUCGAGGGAGCUCAGUCGUGCAGUACAUAUUUCAUCAUUUAAUACUUGUAGGAGACGCGGUUCCUAAGAAGGUAGCGCGCUGGAUUCCGCAGGGAUCGAAGUUUCGGUUCGGGUCAUUGUGUAUUUUUUCCUUGAGUGAGUCACUUAACUCCCUUCCGCACAUGUAAUGAGAAUGGCUAAGAGCCUCCUUACUCAGAAAUGAUGCAAGGAAGAGAGAAAUUUUGAGAGCUCUGGAGUGACUUGAUAUCAACCUAGUAACUAUGAUAGGUCUACGCCCAGAACGCACCUUCCAAGUGCAAUUAUGCUUUGCCAUGGAUAGCGCUUCUCCUCUUAAACGAUAGGUCUUCGAUUCGAUCCAUGAAGUUUUCCAUUAACUAAUUCUAUUUUACCUCAUUCUUCAAAAGGAUAUUUUUGAUUGUAUUUUGCUCUGAACGUAACCGUUUGUUGUACGGUAGGGUUUAAAAGCCAAUUAUUACUGAAGAGCUGCGUUUGUCUUUCCCUUUACUGCCAUAAAAAGAAAUGAUGAUAACGUCGCGAUAAUUCAAAGAUACAGUUCACUGUCUCUGUAUUUCUUAGCAUUUGAGGGUUCUAUUUCGGAGUCAGGGUGUGUGUGCGAGGCAUAUAAAUACUAAAAUAUAAGAUGGCUUCUCGCCCUUGAGUCAGAUGUUGAGUUGGAGUGUCUCAAAUGCGCAAACGUCUGCACACAGUUCUGAUUUCAGCUCGCUUUUCAUCCAUCAGAAAAUUUUGCUUUUCUCGGAUCUCAGCUAUCAGUUAAAAACGCGUUAUUUCUUAGCAGACUGUUAACAUUUUGACCAGUUCUAAGCUAUCGGCUGAGCUACAUCAAGAUUCCUGACACAGUAAAAGAAUUGCACACCUACGGAAGAUCAGAACGAUGGAACGAAGAAGUGAAUUUUGGGUCAGAACAAAAACUAAGAAAUGGCUUACAACCAUUUCCGAUUAAAAAAAAAAGGCUCAGAUAAAGUAUUAGUGAAACACUGCGAAACGUGCUGAAGGACAAUCUGCACGGGACUGAUAUCGCAUCCACAAGGAACAUUAAUGCCUUGGUCUUGGUCAGUCAGGGGUAUUGCAGCCAAGAGGUAUUCAACCCAUCUCCUCAUUAGGUACAAGAAUACUUAUGUUUGAUUUCAUUUCCUUUCAGAGGUAACAUGAUUAAACCAGUUGUAGUUACACUUCUCCUGUCUCUGUGUGUGGCAAAUUCAUUAAUAAUCUGUGGUCGUAAUGGGGGCGUGCCAUGUCCAAAUGGAAAACGAGAGCUACAGAAGCAAGUAAAAGAUGCAGUGGACAAACCCGCCAGGCCAUUGCCUAAGCUGAAGAAAGGAACAGGUGUUUUUCUGAUGAAAAGAAAAGACUUAGUUGAAAUUUAA